CUGAAUGGCGAGUGAUGAGGAGGCUCAAUGAAAGAAGUCCAACAGAUUCUUACACCUGGCAGUCAUCAGCACCAUCCUUCACUAGAAAUCUCACCUUUAAACAUCACAGUGGAGAGUACUGGUGUGAAGAUGCGAAGGGGAACACAUGCCAUGCUGUCAUCAUCACCAUCAAUCCUGGUUCUGUGAUCCUGGAAGUUCCUGCCAGUCCUGUUGUGGAGGGAGACAACGUGAGUCUUUAUUGUAGAAAGAAGGAUACUCAGUCAAAUUACAUGGCUGAUUUCUACAAAGAUGGAUCCAAACUCGGGACCUGGUAUUCAAACAACAUGACCAUCCAAAAUGUUUCCAAGUCUGAUGAAGGACUCUACAAGUGCAGCAUCUCUGGAGCUGGGGAAUCACCACAGAGUUGGCUGACUGUUUCAGCCGAUGAAGAGACCGGACCUUCCAGUCCUUUCAAUCUGCCCUCCCUGCUCUGGAUUGUUGUGUUGGUGGCUCUGAUGCUGUUGGUGAUGGGACUUCUUCUCUGUAGGAAACACAGGGUAUUGGGCUGUUUGUCGUCUGGAAAACCAACACCAGGAUCGCACUCACCUACAGAUCCUACAGAUUCAGCAGCGGACAAUAUGACUGAUCCACAUCAUGCAACAUAUGAUGUCAAAAAACAAAGAAGACAGAAAGAGCUGGAUGGGUCCGGAGGAGCUUCCAAGCGACGUCUAACAGACGAGAGUGUCUUCUAUUCUACAGUCUACUACAGGCGACAUAUACCCGACUGAAGGACUGAGGAGGUGGUCUGUUCAAAGCUCUACUUCUGUAUUUCAGUUAGGAAGUCAUUCUGUAAAGUCACACUCAGUGAUGCUACAGUAACUCAUUUGUAUUUUUUAUAUAUUUAAAAAUGUGUAACACUGUGGAAAUAUCUGUGAAAAUGUACAAAUAUGUUUUGUAACAUGACUUUUGAAAUCAAUCACAGAGAACAUUCGGUGUCUUUCCGUUAUCAAUACUGUAUCUUUAAUCAUAAAGUGACCAGUGAUGUAAAUUUCAAAAACGUUUAAAAUCUCCAAGGUCUAUAAAACCAGCAGUGAAUUCACAGAAACAAAGUUUAUCGUGAAGUGGUGGAACAGCCUACACAUACUGUAACCUGCCACUAUUGUUCCUCUUC